UUCUUCGGGGGUGCGGCGGUAGCUGUCCCGACGCCCCGCUGUGAGCUGCUGGAACCGGCUGUCGUUGUCGCCGUCGCUGCCUGAGGUGUCGCGGUAGCCGCAGCAGCCUGACCCUGCCCCGGUGUCACUGAGGAUGAGCCCCCGCGCUUCCCAGCGCGCGUCCCGCCCUGCCCGCCCGAGUCCAUUCAUCUAGCGACUGGUCUCCCUUGCAAUUAUGGAGUUCUAGAAGAAUAAGGUAGUGUGGAGGGGGAAUCCCCCUCUCCACACUUGAGGUAGUUCACUUUUGGAAUUUUCUAUGGACAAGAAUAUUUGUUAUAUAAGAUGGUGAAGUAAGACUUCUAAAAAUAUAUAUUUAUAAAUAUUUAUUUGGAUCAAGUGCCAAACAUAGCAGUACAAAGAUUUCUAAUGGCAGCUCAAUAAGACUGGAUUUACAUCCUUGGAAUUACAAAUUUCUUAAGGCACUGUGUUGUGUACUGAAUCGGAGUGCCUUGAUACACUUAAGGGUUGUUCCCCUUAAGGACAGGAGCAGCUUUAGAAGUGAAGAUGAGUUCUCUCAUGCCAGACUGCACUUCAAAGUGUCGAUCUCUACAGCACGCUUUGGAUGUUAUUUCUGUGGUAACCAGAGGAAGUGAAGGCCAGAUCAAGGCCUUUCUCUCUUCUUACUGCUAUAAUGCUGCAACUAUAAAAGAUGCCUUUGGUAGAAACGUUAUACAUCUUGCUUCGUCUUGUGGCAAAAAAGGUGUGCUAGACUGGUUGGCUGAGACCAAAGGAGUAGAUCUCUUGGCAAAAGACAAAGAAUCUGGAUGGACAGCUUUGCACAGAAGUAUAUUUUAUGGAUACAUUGAUUGCGUUUUGUCAUUACUGAAGCAUGGCGUUAGUCUGUACGUUCAGGAUAAAGAAGGCUUAUCAGCCCUGGAUCUUGUGAUGAAAGAUAGGCCAAUCCAUGUGGUCUUCAAGAAAACUGAUCCCAUGGAAGUCUACACCUGGGGAAACAAUAUAAAUUUUACUUUGGGUCAUGGCGGUCAACAGGGUAAACAUCAUCCUGAAUUGGUGGACCUUUUUCCUCGGAAUGGCGUGUAUAUCAAACAGGUAGUACUCUGCAAGUUCCACUCUGUGUUCCUUUCCCACAAAGGCCAAGUUUACACAUGUGGACAUGGACAAGGAGGACGCUUGGGUCAUGGUGAUGAACAAACAUGCCUGGUUCCAAGACUUGUGGAAGGCUUAACUGGCCAUUACUGCUCCCAGAUAGCUGCAGCUAAGGAUCAUACUGUUGUUUUAACAGAAGAUGGAUAUGUUUACACAUUUGGUUUAAAUACUUUCCAUCAAUUGGGUAUUCUUCCUCCUCCUCCCAACUGCAGUGUUCCUAGACAGGUUCAGGCAAAAAACCUGAAAGGUAGAAUGGUGAUUGGAGUGGCUGCAGGCAGAUUCCAUACAGUGCUAUGGACUAAGGAAGCAGUGUAUACCAUGGGGCUGAAUGGCGGCCAACUAGGUUAUCUGCUGGAUCCUAAUGGAGAAAAAUGUGUAACUGCACCUCGCCAAGUUUCUGCUCUACACCAUAAAGAUAUCUGUGUGUCCUUGGUCUCUGCGAGCGAUGGCGCCACAGUGUGCGUUACUGAAAGAGGAGAUGUUUAUUUACUUGCAGACUAUCAGUGCAAAAAGAUGGCUUCAAAACAGCUGAACCUUAAAAAAGUUCUUGUUACUGGGGGAUAUUUGGAAUAUAAGGUAGAUACCCAGCAUCUUAAAGAAAAUGGAGGUCAGAAGAUUUGCAUUCUAGCGCUGGAUGAAGCUGGAAGAGUGUUUUGCUGGAAGUCAUCUAACAACUCCAUGAAGCAGUGUCGUUGGGUGUAUGGCCGGCAAGUCUUCAUGUCUGAUGUUGCUUUAAAUAGGAACGAAAUAAUGUUUGUCACACAGGACGGUGAAGCCUUUACAGGGAAGUGGCUGGAAGAAGGGAAAAAAAUCUCAGAAAAGAAAGUGUUUGCCACUUCUUCAUGUAAGGGAAAAACACUCCCACAAGAAAUUCUGGAUAAAACCUCUCCUAUAUCAGAACUUGUAUCAAGCCUUCAGAAUUCUUCAUGUGAUGCAUCUUGUGAACAUGAUACAAACAGCGUAUAUGAAAGAAUUCGACUUCAGAAGCUUACUUUUGUCCAUCGAGCUGUUAGUAUUGCCACCGACCCUAAUGGUUGCAAUUUUGCUGUUUUACAGUCAGAUCCCAAAACAAGUCUCUAUGAAAUUCCAAGUGUGUCAUCAUCAAGUUUUGGAGAGGAUUUUGGCAAGCUGUUAGAUGAAACAGAUGAAAUGGACAGCAUCCAUGAUGUGACUUUUCAGAUUGGCACGAGAACUUACCCUGUACACAAAUACAUCUUGGCUGUGCGCUCUGACUUCUUCAAGAAGCUGUUUGUUUCCAGUGACAACCAGCUAGACACUCCAGAUGUCUACCGUAAAGAUGAAGACGCUGUUGGAUGUGAUCUUUACGUAAUAGAGAAAGUUCAUCCAGAUCUGUUUGCAUACCUUCUGCAGUUCAUAUACACUGACACCUGUGAUCUUUUGACUCAUGGUCAUAAACCAAAAAUCCUGCAUAAAGGAAAAUCGGAAGAAUAUCAGGAUACUUUAAUUUCUAACCUGAGCAAAAUGAGUUUUGAUGAAAAUGUUAAUGGAAAGUCUGCAUUUGAGAUUUAUAGAAAUAAUCAAGUGCAAGUUAUAAAUGAAAAACAGAAGAGCAAAUCUAAAAAAGGCAAAGUUGCUGGUGAAGAAGCUAACCUCAUAAAAAUGUUGCAAAGUGCUGCGAAGAAAUUUGGACUCAGCAAUUUAAGUGGAAGGUUGGAUGGAGUCAGGUUAGAAAAUGGAAAAAUUAAUGUUGUCAACAAGAAGAAUGGGAACAAACCAAAGUUAAAUCAGAAGAAAUGUUCAUACCUCUGCGAUGUGACCCUGAAAUCUUUAGAUGGAAAGGAAUUCCUGUGUCAUAAGUGUGUACUUUGUGCAAGACUUGAUUAUUUUCACAGCAUGUUAAGCAGCUCAUGGAUUGAGGCUUCCUGUUGUUCAGCUCUGGAAAUGCCAAUCCAUUCUGACAUACUACAGAUAAUUGUAGAUUACCUGUAUACAGAUGAAGCUCUUGCGAUAAAAGAUUCUCAAAAUGUGGAAUUCAUAUGUAAUGUUCUUGUGGUAGCAGACCAACUUCUUAUAUCCAGACUCAAAGAAAUCUGUGAAGUAGCCAUUGCAGAAAAACUUACUUUAAAGAAUGCUGCUGAGUUGCUGGAGUUCUCAGCUAUGUAUAAUGCUGAACAGUUGAAACUGUCCUGCUUGCAGUUCAUAGGACUCAAUAUGGCAGCUUUGCUUGAGGCAAGGACUUUGGAUGUCUUAAGUGAUGAAGUUGUAAAGGAUCUUUCUGUUUAUUACAGGAAAAUGCUUUUACAACUACAGAUUCCGGCUAUGGUCAGGAGAGUAAUUACUCCAUAUCCAGAUGGACCUGACAUAAGUUCCUUUGAGCCUGAAGAUGGAGAGAACUUUGUUUUUUUAAGGGAAGGAAUGAAUACAGAACAAAAUUCUCAGGAAGCCCUUUUCAAAAGAGCAAAAACUAAAGCAAAAAAGAAGCCACGAAAACGGUCCGACAGCUCUGGAGGAUAUAAUCUAUCAGACAUUAUUCAGAGUCCACCCUCUACAGGCUCAGUAAAACUGGAUAAAACUAACUCUGUAGAAUCACUUCCAGAAGUGUUAACGUCUGACUCUGAAGGUAGUUACGCAGGAGUGGGUAGCCCCAGAGACUUGCAGUCCCCUGACUUCACAAAAGGAUUUCAUCCAGAGAGGACUGAGAUGAAGGACAAAGCAUGCAGUCAGGGUAUGAAACCCUCUCAACCUAACAAGGAGAUGAAGUCAUACAAGGGAUCAUCAGCAUUGACACAGUCUGUUCCACAGUCCAUUCCCAGUGCCAAAAAUAAUUCUACAAGCUCUCCCAAUUGGGUAGCAACCAGUUUCAGCCCUGCCAGCCCUCCUGCUAUGGAUCUAAGAACCAUCAUGGAAAUUGAAGAAAGUAUGCAGAAAUGUGGAACCAUGCCAAAGGCAAAUUCAGGCAGAAUAACGUCUCAUGGAAUCAGGCUUUCUCAGAAGCAAAGGAAAAUGAUUGCCCUGGCAGCAAAAGAUAAUGGAUCAGUAACUAGCAGCAUGGAGCCUACUACACUAAUAACCACACCAGCCCCACCUAUGAAAGUUGCAAAACUAGGGAAUGCAUGGUCAUCUUCAUUACAUUCUGCUUUGCCAAAGUCAUUUCGUGAUCUUGUAAUGGAAGAAGAAAAAUGUAUGAGUGCGAAUAAUUCACCUGGUACUGGUAUCAAAAGAGGUGGAUAUAAAGGAACUGAGGAUUCAUCAGCCCAGAACACCAUAAGGUGCACAGCUAGAAGUAGCCCAGGUCUGGAUGACCAUGUCCUGGAUUCUCCACAGCUGGAGAGUCAUAAUCCUUGGUUAGCAACAUCACCAACUAGAUCCCCUGUGAUAGCACCUGUCAUGUUUUCAGCUAUUGUAGAGGAAGAGCUCCAGCAAGAAGCUGCUCUGAUUAGGAGCAGAGAAAAACCUUUGGCUUUGAUCCAGAUCGAGGAGUGUGCUAUUCAAGAUUUAUUAAUCCACUAUGAAGCUUUUGACAACCCUGAUGAAUUUGUGACUGUUGAAAGGGCUCCACAGGGACCUAUAGCUGCACCUAUGUGGAACAAGCACUAAUUUAUACUCUUCACAGUCCAUGUUGUACGUGCACUUCUGAAGUUCUAAUUCUCAUUACAAGUAGAACGGGACUGGAAGAACAGGAAUCAUGUAAUUUUUAACAUCAACGUUCAAACACUGCACAUAAUCACUAGAUAUUUGUUAGAGAGAAUGGAAAUAAUGUGUUCACUGUGUCCUUCACCCACAGUAUAUAUUGUAUGUAUGUUUUGAGAGACUUUCCUUAACAAGGCAUAUUAUUAGUAACGUUACAUGAAGCUGUAGAUUGGAAAUGCAUUUGCUGUUCUUAAAUUGUGAGGGUUUUUUGUUAAAUUCACAGGUGGCUGAAAAAUGAGUGCUUAUUUUGUGACUUAAUGUGGAAUUGAAUGUGCAGAAUUAUACAUCUUUAAAGUCUGGGGGGGGGAUAUAUUCUUCAGAGCUUUCUGGCUAAUAUGGACUAUUGCGAAAAGUUUGUGCUUGAACUUCACAUAAAAGUACAGUUUGAUAAUGCAGUUUUCCUUAAGUUAUGUGUGUAAGCACUGGUUCUCUGAUUGUUGCAGCCAGUAGUUUUUACUGUUGUGCCCCACGAUGAACCUCUGCGCUGUACCGAAGUGCCCUGCCAUUGCCUGCUCUCAGUUCAGUUGUGCAUGUUUUUUCACUGUCGUGAGGCUGGCCUUGGAGCAGUCAGCUCUGUUGUGAAGUAAAGCACACAGUUGAAUAGAACGUGGUGGCACUUGGUUAGCUCAUCUAUAGUCUUAUUCUGGUAAAUAUGGUACAGUUUUAGAACCACUGUGUUUAAGGUACAAUUCACUUGAAGUGCUGGGGAAAUACAAGAUCUGUGUAUUCAUUUUUAAAGCUAUAGGGACGAAUGCUUGACUGUGGAAUUUGCAAACACCUAACCUUCAAAGAUUAUCAUAGGUGGCUUUCAAUAUUGUGUGUUCCAAAGUUCUCUGUGCCUGGUUUAAACAAAUUUAUAUAUGUAUAAAGAAAAAAAAAAAGUAGCCUUAUCUGCAAUAUUCUGUCUAGUUUGUCUGUUUGUAUAGGUGUGUUUGAACUUGUACUUUUUCAAUAGUGUCAGUACUCAUGAACUCUGGAAAACUGGAAUUGAGAGCUACAGAAGAUGAAUGUAGAGAAUUGAUCACUGUGUGAUAAAAGAGUUGAAUCUUGAAAAAACCUAUGUAGAUAUGUCUAAUGGUUUCAGGUCAAGCUACACCAAAAAAUCCCUCACAAAUAUUGUAAACAAAUGCAAUAAACCAUAAAAUCUUGAUUUACACAA